AUGCAGUUCGACAUGUUUGGACGCGGCUUCAAGCUGCAAUUGGCCAUUUCAGCCGCGUGCUCAAUGGCAUUUAUCCUUUUUGGUUACGACCAAGGUGUUUUCAGCGGCAUUGUAGGCAACACGGAUUUCUUGAAUAUCGUGGAUAAUCCCGGAGACACCAUAUUGGGGAUAAUCGUCAGUACAUACAACCUGGGAUGUUUUGCCGGUUGCCUCCUCACAUUUGCCUACGGUGAAUAUUUUGGAAGGAGACGUGCAAUGUGGAUAGCAAUGACCUGGGUCAUAAUUGGAGCAGCACUUCAAGCCUCCGCAUAUUCGAAACCUCAUAUGAUCAUCGCCCGCUUCGUUACCGGCAUAGGCACGGGGAUUGAGACUUCCACCGUGCCCAUGUACCAAGCUGAACUCAGCCACGCUCAUAAUAGAGGGCGCCUCGUUUGUAGCGAGCCAUUCUUUGUUGGGAUUGGCAUAGUAACUGCGUACUGGUUUGAUUACGGCAUGAAUUUUACCCAUGGUCCGAUUGCCUGGCGUCUACCGAUUGCAUGCCAGGUUAUUUUCGCCUUUGUUGUCGUUAUUCUUGUUUUUGGUCUCCCUGACUCACCUAGAGAUCUCUUCAAUAAAGGAAGAAAUGAAGACGCUUUGAAGGUGCUUUGUACCGUCUUCGAUAAAUCUCCCGAUGACCCGGCCAUUUUGAAAGAACAAUCGGAAAUUCUUCAGGCACUCCGCCUGGAAGGAGUAUCUCAAAAGAGUUGGCUGCACAUUUUCCAGCAAGAUGAAGUGCAAACAGGCAAGCGGGUUCUCCUUGCAUAUGGCAUGCAAUUCAUGAACCAAGUUGGUGGCAUCAAUCUCGUCGUCUAUUAUGUACCGACCGUUCUCGAAGAAAAUGUCGGCAUGUCUCGCAACAUGUCGUUGCUAAUCGGCGGAGUCAUCCAAAUUAUGUUCCCUCUGGGCUCGAUCAUUCCAGCUUUGGGCGCCGAUAAGCUUGGACGGCGAAGACCAAUGUUGUGGGGUAGUCUCGGCCUGGGCAUCUGUAUGAUGCUCAUAUCCAUCUUACUGAGCUUCAAAGGAAGCAGCGUAGAGACGCCAACGGCCUCGGCGAGUGUCGCCUUCUUUUUCAUAUACAUGUUCAUUUUCGGCGCUAGCGUGAACUGCAUCCCUUGGGUAUACGUACCCGAAAUAUUACCUUUGAGGGCCCGCGCACGAGGUACCGCCAUCGGCAUAUCUUCGAACUGGCUUUGGAACUUUGUGAUUGUCAUGAUUACGCCGGUAAUCAUCAGUCGACUGCAGUGGAAAGCCUAUUUGAUCUUCAUGUGCACGAACCUCGCGUUCGUGCCGCUGAUAUACUUUUGCUACCCGGAAACGGCAAAGCUGACGUUGGAGGAAAUGGAUCUGCUGUACACCAGAAGAGGAGAGUCGCCCAUCAAGAUCAGCAAGAGGAUCAGGAGGGAAAAGGCCAUGGGGCUGCGGGCGGCGGUGGGACCGGAGAAGAGAGAGGGUGGCAAGACGGCCGGGGAGAAGGUCGAGCCUGUGUAG